UGCUGUAACUCCGGUCCUCUCCGGCUCGUCCUCCUUUCCUCACGGAGCCAUGGCCGCCGUCGCAAACCUUUCAGUCACUGCUCUCGAACAUCCUGCCGGAAUCAAUCGCCCUCGAGUCGAUCAGUUGCGGAGGUUGCGGCAUCUGAGAGCAGUUGACGGAGUGGCGUCUUCUUUGUGUUCACUAAGUGUUCGACGGAAGCGGAUCCGUUUGCUUACGUGCAAAGCGUUCAGAUCGGAAGAUGGAAGGGGUUCGAGUGUGGAGGAUGGGGAUGGAAGUACAGGAGGUAGUGAUGCUGAGGAGAAGAGUUAUCUUAUCGCUUCGAAAUCUAAGCGGAAGGGAGCUCUUUACUCGCUCAAAUCUUUACUAGUUAGGGUUUCUGGUGUGAAGUCCAUGCCCGAAAGACCGUACAGGAAGGCGGUGGAGAAAGCCGAGGAGAUCUUCUUUUCGGUUGCUACACAUUUAGGAAGAUAUCUUCUAACUAUGAUGAGUACAGGUGUUAUACUUGCUAUUGGAUUUCAGUUAUCAGGUGGGGAUGCUGAGAUGAAUGCACUGAUUUGGUAUAGCUGGCUAGGUGGGAUAAUUAUUGGGACAAUGAUAGGGGCAAACAUUGUUCUAGAGGAAUAUUGCAAAGCUGGUCCUCGCAAUGUUGUCAUUACUGGAAGCACAAGAGGAUUAGGUAAGGCUCUUGCUCGUGAGUUUCUUCUGUCUGGUGAUCGAGUUGUGGUUGCUUCCCGCAGUCCUGAGUCAGUGCAAUCAACUUUAGAAGAACUCAAUGAAAGCCUGAAGGAAGGCAUGUCUAUCGCUGGUAGCAAAAGAAGUGCAAAACUUUCACGGGCUAAAGUUGUAGGCAUUGCCUGUGAUGUUUGCAAGGCCGACGAAGUGAGGAAUUUGGCCAAUUUUGCUGUCAAGGAGCUUGGUUCAGUUGACAUUUGGAUAAAUAAUGCUGGGACUAAUAAAGGUUUUAGACCACUCCUACAGUUUACAGAUGAGGAUAUUGAUCAGAUUGUCUCCACAAACUUAGUUGGGUCAUUGAUCUGCACAAGAGAAGCUAUACGUGUUAUGGAAGCUCAGGAGAAGGGUGGCCAUGUGUUUAACAUGGAUGGGGCUGGUUCUGGGGGAUCAAGCACCCCGCUCACAGCUGUCUAUGGCUCAACAAAGUGUGGGCUUAGGCAACUUCGUAGUUCGCUUAUGAAGGAGUGCAAAAGGUCCAAGGUUGGCGUACACACUGCAUCUCCAGGAAUGGUUCUAACAGAUCUUCUUCUUAGUGGUUCAAGCCUCAGAAACAAGCAAAUGUUCAACAUUAUCUGUGAGCUACCAGAAACUGUGGCAAGAUCUUUGGUGCCGAGGAUAAGAGUUGUUAAAGGUAGUGGGAAGGCGAUAAAUUACUUGACACCCCCUCGCAUUUUGGUUGCUUUGGUUACUGCUUGGCUUCGCCGUGGUAGAUGGUUUGAUGAUCAGGGCAUGGCGCUUUACGCCGCAGAAGCAGAUCGGAUUCGCAACUGGGCGGAAACUCGCACGAGAUUCUCCUUCACAGAUGCCAUGGAGAUGUACACAGAGAAUGCCUGGUUAUCUGUUUUCUCUCUCUCCGUCGUCUGCGCCUUCAUAAUUCUCUCCAGUUCAGGCAAUUCCAUUCAUGGCACAUAAUUUACUCAGUAGACUACAUCAAUAUCAUCUGUAACACCUCUCCAAAGCAGAAGAAGAAGACGAAUCAUCAUCAUCAUCAUCAGCAUCGGCCUUGAUAUAUUUGUAAUUCUUACCUGCACAAUCUUUCACAUAGUAGCCCUUCUUUAUUUAUUUAUUUCUUUUUUUAAGUGAAAUUCUUCUGUGAAUACGUAUUGUGAUCAUAUCAAAUCAUCCCUAGCAGCUGUUCUGUGCAGAGAAUUUGUAGCUUGCAGAAGAAAUUUAUCCGUAUCAUUUAAUUUUGAAGCCAUUGGCAGUAAUUGAAAUGGCUCCAAGUAUUUGUAUAUGUAGACUGUUAUAUAUGAUGUUAGCUUUUGUGGGGAUU